AUGGUUCUAACAAAGUUUUCAAAUUUCAUUCUAGAAUACGUAUCCGGGAUAUUCAACGAAGCACUGAAAGAACUGGGCCGCAUGUGCAUGUCGCAUCUAAAGUCCGACAAACCACAAACCAAACUCGGCAUACUGAACAUGGCCGUGGAGGUGAUCAUGACGCUCGAACAGCAAGUUCGGGAACGCAAUCUGAACCCAAAAGCCGCCUGCUUAAAGCGGCGAGAGGAGGAAAAAGCCGAAGACGGCCCCAAACUGCCCCCUCACAUACUACACCAAACGCCGUACCCCUCACUACCCGGCCCGCCGCCAAAUCUUCCCCACAACCCCGGGCCACCACAAUAGCAUAAUAACUUUAAUAACCUUAUUCGAAGAUAACACUGCAAGCAGCAUACAUGUACAUAUACUAGAGCAGCGGGAACCGUUGCAACAGCCGCAGCCACCGCAGCUUCUUCAGCAGUAGAAGAAGCAACAGCAGCAGCAGUGUCAAAAUCAACAGUAGUGGGUGAAUCGUGUGAGUGCUGGACGGGUGCCGAUUGGUGGAUGUGGUUGUAAGCGGGAAGAGUGAUUGAAUGGGUGAUCAGAAUGUGAGGAAGGUUUGUGACACUGAUCUGGAAAUGGGAACGAAAUAUUGCGCUAUCCUUUUAAGUAGCUGUCUGUAUUGUCAAUCGGAACGAGUAACGGAUUUUAGAGGAGAGGUAGAUCGAACGAUUCGGGAGGUUAAGGAAUUGAUCGGGGAGAUCGGGAACAGACUAGAAUUGGAGAAACAUACGCCGCGAACCCUUCCUCGUCAUGAGUUCAGUAAAACAACUAGAGAGUGCUAGGUAUUGAAAGUUAGAGAAGCUUAUUUUUAUUGUUAAUGAAGGAAUUAUAACAUCACAUCGAUCAGACUGUGUUUCACAUGUAGGAGUUUCAACUUUUUCAAAAAAUUUCGAAUUGGACAACUGGGGGUUAAGCAGUGUCGUUUUUUUUAACGGGAAUAGGGAUUAUUUUCGUGAACUCGUGUGAACCAAAAAGAAGAAUAAGGUUUGCCAAACAUAAUGGACUAAAUGGAAUGAGAUACUGGAAUUUUGAUCUGCUUGGAAUGUUCAAUUAUCAAUGUAAUCAAAUGUUUCAAACACAUCAAAGUUCGUCAUUGAUAUACAGUCUCUUCAAAAUCAAUAUCUCCUCAAAUUACUGUAUAUGCCUAAGUGAUCCUGUCAUGGAACGAGUCCCAAGGUUCCAAAGUCCUUAUGAGUUUUUACGAAGGGUUUAAAGAACUCCUCGAUGCUUGAUGGACGAAUAACCCAUCCGUUGAUUGUCUUUCCAACAAUAUUCUCCCUUCACCUACUUUUACUUUCCGUACAGUCAGUUUUCUUUCAGUCCAUGUAUUGACAAAUUAUGUGUUGUCAAUUACACAACAAUUCAUUUCCGUGUUACACGUUGUUGACGCACAUUCCAGCGUUUGUGAGGUCAGUGCCGUGAAAUGGCCAGCUGACGACGAACUUUUCUUCCGGACUUUCUGCCUUCUAGUAUUUUCCGCCUUUUGUUUCUUUCGGCCUUUUGGUGUUUUUGAACUCAGAUGCAUCACCGGCCACAAAAGCAUACCGCCUUCUAGUAUUCUGUCUUAUGGUUUGCCACAUUCUGAACUUCUUCCUUUAGGACUCAGCAAAAAUAUCGAUUCAGGGAACU